UGCAUGGAUGUCAAACAUAUUUCGUUUGAGGGAGAAGUGGGCUGUUGUCUUCCGUAAUUCUUUUACGCCUGAUAUGACCUCAACACAAACAAGCGAAGGUAUGAACAAUGUUUUCAAGAAAAGGUUUCGUAGGAAACUUGGUCUCAGAACUCCUUGUAGAAUGUGAGAAAGUUGCCGCUAGUCUUCGUGAAAAUGAGUUAGAUGCGGAUUUUAAGUCACGCUACUCAAGCCCGGUUACAUACAUCCAAAAUUUACCUGUAUUGAAUGCUGCGGCUGAAUCAUAUACAAGGAGGAUGUAUUCAGAGUUUGAGACCAAGUUUAAACCUCAAUUUUCGCUAUCGUGUAAAUUGUUACAAAGUGAGGGGUCAACCUUGACAUUCAUGGUUAUGCCUAUGGAAUCUGAUCAUGAAGCAACAGUUGUAUUUAACAAUGCUGAUAUGACCAUUACAUGUUCUUGUAGAAAGUAUGAAUCUAUUGAUGGACAAAAUAUGCGAAAAGAGGAUUUUUCAAUCGAGAAACAAGGAAGUGAGAAGGAAAGUUUGAAAGCACACGCUGCACGUAUCUCUUGAAUGGCGACUUCAGUAGCAUUGAAGUGUUGCAUAUCGGAAGAAAUUCUUGAUGAUUUGGAAAAAUCCAUAAACAAGCUGGACCUUGAAACAGAUAAUUAUUUAAGCAAAAUGCAAGAAAAAUCAUGUGAGGUUCCACAGCAACAGCAGGUUACAAAUACAUUAAAUGGUGCAAUAUCCUUCGGAGUUCCUCGGAUGGUGAAAGGUCCAAAGACUAGACGAUCGAAAGAUCCAGUUGAACAGAAGAAAAGAAAGAGAAGUGCUAAGAAUAAGGGAGAAGAUCCAAAUAGUACAACAGAAAUUAGAGAUGAAAUUAGAGAUGAUGUGUAUGAGCAGCAAUCUUCUACCAUGGUUGCAAGUGAUGUUUAUGGGCAAUCUUCAACCAUGAAUGCUCCUUUAAUCCAAGCGGGUAUACAAGUCUUCUACUUGGAGUUCACCAAGAUUUCAUAUUGGGAUCUUUUGCUAAACAGUUACAUUUCGAUGAAUAGCUGGUGCAACCUGUAAAGGAGUAGGCUCUUUUUGAUGGAUCUUAUGUAUCCAUGAAACUGUACUAUAUGAACUAUAUUUUGUUUUGAUU